AUGCCUGGCGUCUACGGUGGUGACGAGAUCAAUGCGGUCGUCCUCGAUCCAGGUGCCUCCAUUUUUCGCGGCGGAUGGGCUGGUGAAGAUCAGCCCCGCUCCAUUUUCCCUUCCCAUUAUGGAUGGCUGCCCAUGACAGAAGAGGAGCGUAGGACGUAUGGCGACUCCUCCAAGACGGCAGACGCUAGUGAAGCAGAUGGCGAUGUAUCGAUGGCCAGUGCUGAUGGCUCUGCGCCUGCCCCUGCGCCUCCCCGUGGCGUGUCCUUCGACGCUUCGAAGGGACGUAAGCGUUUCGUGGGCGAUGCGGGUGUGUCCUACUGGCGGGCUGGCCUCGAAGUAGAUACGCCUUUUGAUCACGAUGGCAUUGUGCAAGACUUUGAUGCAUUCCAGGCACUUUCAUCGCAUGCGCUUGAUGUAUUGUCCGUCUCGGCGCCUGUGCACCCCUUGCUGCUCACGGAGCCAGCAACGAAUCCCAAAUCGGUGCGUGCCAAAACGGCCGAAAUCGCUUUUGAAGGGCUGGACGUGCCGGCGUUUUAUCUUGCGAACCGUACUGUCCUGAGCGCGUUUGCGUCGGGUCGGCCUACUGCGCUCGUUGUUGACGUAGGCGCAUCGCAGGUAUCUGCGAUUCCUGUGGUCGAUGGCUUUGUAUUGCGGAAAGGCAUUCAUACCCAACCCAACGGCGGCGACGCUGUAUCGCGGGCACUGCUUUGGGGGCUUACGCAUGAAAUGGGCGAAAAGAACAAGAGCGGCUGGCUGGCAGACAGUCUUGUACCGCAGUUCCUGGUCAAGAGCAAGCAGCCUGUGGACCCGGGUAUGCCGGCGCAAGCGACGUUGCGGGAUGACCGGUUGCAGGCCACAGCCCCAUCAUUCCGCAUGUACAAGACGAUGGAGCUCCUUAACGACUUCAAAGAGGCGGUGUGUCAAGUGCUUGAGGCGCCGUGGGACGAAAGCCAGGCGGCCGCGCGCCCGACAAAAAUGUAUGAGUUCCCUGACGGCACCAACGAUGCAUUUGGACCGUUACGAUUCAAGGCACCGGAAGCCAUUCUUACUCCGAGCCUGUACGCGGACAAGACCGAUGUGCUACCAGCGCGCGACAACCUGACGUACAUGGGCCUCACCGACUUGAUCUUGCAGGCGACCAAGGCUGUGGAUGUGGAUGCUCGUGCCUCCAUGUUCAGCAACAUUGUUUGUGUGGGUGGUGGUACCCUUCUGCCGGGCUUUAUGGACCGCUUGAGCUACGAACUAAGCGUGGCCGCGCCUAGCCAGCGCAUCCGCAUUCACUCGCCUGGCAACUACACAGAACGCCGUCAUUCAACCUGGCUAGGUGGCAGUAUUCUCGCGAGUCUGGGUACAUUCCAUCAGCUCUGGAUCAGUAAGCAAGAGUAUGAGGAGCAUGGCAGCUCGAUCGUGCAUGUACGAUGCAAAUAG